UCGGGCGCCGAAUUCUUGUUGAUUCGGCUAGGAAUGGACCAUUUGGGUCGCUGCGUCGGCCGACCCACCCGACACAGCUGAUUUUGCCUCGCGGAAGACGUAAAACGGGGCGCAAAACGGGCCGUGUGCUCGCAUUCAGGAUAAAGACUGAUUAACACGCAAUAGAGCACACACAUAUUUAUUGUGUCGUCGAAACGGGAGCAUGAGGUGUGCUACUGCCGACGCACCCCAGCCAUGAGGACCUCGUAAUUCGGGUCUCCUUCCACAACGUCAUCUUGAAUUAUGGAUGGCGCUGAAAAGGGACACCCCGAGGACUUGUGGUGGGAUUGCUGCGGAACGUCGUCUAGCCAAGUGGAGGAGCACGUGACCGUGAGCGACUCGCCGCCGCUGGGUGCCGACGUCGAGGUGGACGAUGCGCUGAAGCCCGUCGAGGACAUCCUGUGCAACAAACUCGCCUUGUACAGCAGCUCGGACGAGUCGGAGGACAUGGGCAGCUCACAGUCCAAGCCCGCUGAAGUCCUCGAUGUGGUUGACGCCCCCUGGUCUGUCGCCACCGCACCUUCUACCUCAACCGAGACAGCUGACCAACGCCUCUCCCCUCAGCUGUCUCCCAGCACUGGCCAGGACAAUUCCUCGAGGAAGCGAAAGCUGAAUAUGGAGACUGAAGCAGAAAGCAGUGAUAGAGUGGUGCGGCGACGUGGCCCUGGGGACGAGUCGCUCGAGGACAGCAGCACAGACGAAGGCGAAUCGGAAGGCGCGCUGGAGAGGAAGCGUCUGAAGAAGCUGUACCCACCAUGGAAGAUGAACGUCUUCCCAACUCCGCAGCCGCCCAAGCUGAAGAGCUGGAUCGACACCUUCAAGAAUUGGAACAGCGGCGAGCGCCUCAUGGCCUUGGACUCGCUUAUCGACUCGUGCGAGCCGGUCCAGGUGCGACACAUGAUGGAGAUAAUCGAGCCGCAGUUCCAGCGGGACUUCAUCUCUCUUCUUCCCAAGGAGUUGGCGUUGCACGUACUUAGUUUCUUGGAGCCAGCCGAUUUGCUGCGAGCGGCGCAGACGUGUCGCUACUGGCGCCUGCUCUCCGAGGACAACUUGCUGUGGCGCGAGAAGUGCAAGGCGUCGGGAAUCGACUCGCCAUGGACGGUGCCGGUGGCAAGGAGGGAUUUCUCGUCUUCGCAACUCAUUUCAGCCAUUAUUUCUUCCAUCGGGGGCAGCUCCACCAGCGCUCUCGACAACCCCAGGUUUAGUCCCUCAUCAGCCAGUACUUCUUUUAGCACAAUAUCUCAGCCGACACCAUCGCCCUGGAAGGCGGCUUUUCUGCGUCAACAUAGCAUCGAGAUGAACUGGCGCAAAAAGCCGAUUCGUCCGCCCAAAGUGCUCAAAGGUCACGACGACCACGUCAUAACUUGCCUGCAAUUUUCUGAUAGUAGAAUACUCAGCGGAUCUGAUGAUAACACAUUGAGGGUUUGGUCUGCAACGACAGGAAAGUGUCUUCGGGUGUUGGUGGGUCACAUUGGAGGCGUGUGGUCGUCCCAGAUGCACGGCUCCACUGUAAUUAGCGGCAGCACAGACCGCACCCUGAAGGUCUGGAACGCCGAGACUGGCCAGUGUCUGCACACGUUGUACGGACACACGUCCACCGUUCGCUGCAUGCAUCUCCACGGCAAGAAGGUGGUGAGUGGUUCGCGCGACGCAACCCUGCGCGUGUGGAACAUCGAGACGGGCGUGUGCCUGCACGUGCUGGUGGGCCACCUGGCGGCGGUGCGGUGCGUGCAGUACGACGGCAAGCUGGUGGUCAGCGGCGCCUACGACUACAUGGUCAAGGUGUGGAACCCGGAGCGCGAGGAGUGCCUGCACACGCUGCAGGGCCACACGAACCGCGUCUACUCGCUGCAGUUCGACGGCAAGCACGUGGUCAGCGGGUCGCUCGACACGAGCAUCAGGGUGUGGGACGUGCGCAACGGCACCCUCAAGCACACGCUGAUCGGCCACCAGUCGCUCACCUCAGGCAUGGAGCUGCGCAACCGCAUCCUCGUUUCCGGAAAUGCCGACUCGACCGUCAAGGUCUGGGACAUUGUCUCUGGACGCUGUCUGCAGACUCUCUCAGGGCCCAACAAGCACCAGUCUGCCGUAACCUGCCUCCAGUUCAAUAGCAAGUUUGUCAUCACCUCCUCGGACGACGGCACGGUCAAGCUGUGGGACGUGAAAACAGGUGAGUUCAUCAGGAACCUGAUCGCGUUGGACAGCGGCGGCUCGGGGGGUGUGGUUUGGCGCAUAAGGGCGACGGAGACGACGCUCGUGUGCGCCGUGGGCAGCCGCAACGGCACCGAGGAGACGAAGCUGCUCGUUCUCGACUUUGACGCGCACCCCGAAGACGAGGGGGCGCCGACGAGCAGCCAGUCGAGCACGUCGCUGUUCGAUGAGCCCGACCCGAUCGCCUCUUAGCGAAUUCUGAUGCGCAACGUUGCUAAAAAUGUGAUAUGUUUAAUGUGAACCAUGUAUUAUUACUGUCGAUUUAUGCUGCUGACCUGCAUGAACACUUUUUGGUUCCACUUACUGCAGGGUGGCCAACACUGCUGUUGCCAGUUUUAAUUUAAGUUUCUGCUUAAAAAAAGCACUCCGAAGGUUUUUCCAGACUUGCUUCGAUGUCGGGAAAAUGUCGCGUUUUUUUGUCUUAUCAAUUAUCAUUAUUUGUAUUCGCCGAUUCGCUUUCUUUUGUCAGUGUUUGUGUCGAAAUGGUUUUAGAAGCCGCCAAUAGUGAGAUCAGAGCGAGAUCAGAGCGAAUCUUCUCGAUAUACACAUUAUAUAUCUGGAACUAAAGUUUCUGCCGUGGUGAACUGAAUUCGUUGCAGUGUGAUUUCAUACUUAAAACUCAACAACACAUUGGAGGCUGGUUCGACUUUUGGUUUUCAUAGUCGCAAAUCAAAGAAAACAACUGCCUGCUUUUAACACGAUUAAUUAACAACGGUUUUGGCGAGGGCGGAUACCAACUUUAAUUUGGCCUCAAAUUAUUUCGUCACGAAAUUAUUUUAAUCAUCGCAUCAACUUUUUUUAAUUUAAAUGACGGUUUUUGGCUAUCAAUAUUUUAAAAUUAAGGAAAUGAGCAGCAGUUUUGUUCAAGGCGAUUUACGUAAUAAUAAAAUAAAUAACUGUAACUGAUCCACUUCUGUUCAGCAGUCCUCACUACUUGCAUAUUUGAAAAGAUUGAAGUACAACCUAGUGUGUAAUUAAAAGGGUAUCAACAAGUGUUCACUUGCGCGCCAUUUCUUUCGUUCGUUCGUUCGUUCAUUUUAUUGGGCUCGGUGCAAUGGUCCUGCGCUCUCGAAACAGCCAGAUUGCGUUCCCUGUUAUUGUUUUUGGUCACCAACAUGCUGUGAUGUAGUAGUUUUGGUUUCGCAGAACUGACAGCUUGAGAUUUGACGUUCAGCUUUUUAUUUUAAUCUGGAAUAAAUGGCACAUAGCAAUUUCUGUAUUUUUUUUUCAAUUAAUUAAUUAACGAAGAAAGAAAUUGUUAUUCUCGUGUGGCUUGCUUUCCCUGUUUCGGUAAAACGAAGUCACAGCCUUGGAAAGAAAAUGUGGUUGGCUUGAAGGGAAUUUCGUGUUAAUUUGGAUAAAUGUUUCCUUCGACUUUUGGCACCGGGGUUUUUGGUUUUAAAAAAUACUAGAACGCGAAAAAACGAAAUGUUCGGCGUCGAAACGGCUGAAUAAGGGGGCGUAACCGAGGGAAAACAAUUUUGCGGUGCACCACGCCCCCUACGAGCGGCUAGCCAUAUUGUAUUCCCUCGGUUACGCCCCCCUAUUCAGCCGUUUCGACGCUGAAUAUUGUUUAAAAAUCUAUAGAAUCAUUUUUAAUAUGAAAACCCGGUCGAAGGAAGAACUGGGCGUGUCCCUCGAGAGAAACUCACGCUAAAAAUGUUACGUCUAAGGUUUUUAGGAUAAAAACACUACAAAUAAUAUCGCUAUCGCGUGUAGGGUGUAUGUAUUCUUGUAACGGAUGAAAAUACACAAUAAUUAACAAAAUGGAUUAAGUUAAUUGGAGCAGGAACGACAAGCAAGUGCAGAAGAAAUGAAAGCCGAUUGUGAGUUCGCCUUGUGUGAAAAUUGACAGUGAAGGAAAAAUAAUAUUGUGGUCACCAAAUUUUGGACAAAAUUAAAAAAUGAAAUAAAAUUUUUUAAAAAAUGCUGCGAAUA